GUGGAGGGUAGAAUUCAGUAGACCAAACCCAAUUUGGCAAAAUCCCAACCAAGAGAAUUUUAAGUUGAUGGUACAGUUAAUCAAAAAGAUUAUUUUAACUUUGAAUUCCCCACUAAUUUCUAACCCACUAACUAUAUUUCAACUUCACUAUAAAACAAAACUCAACAUACCCCGAAAACACCAGGCACUAGAUUCAUCCAUUCAUACUCUUUAUUUUCCCUUCCUACAAUGGAAGAUAAGGAAAACCAUGAGAAAGCAGAGUGUGGAAAGAAAAUCAAGCAACAAAUUACGGUACCCUUUAUUUGGGAAGAUAAACCGGGAGCACCCAAAAAGGAUUGGAUGCCAAAGCGCGAGCCUACUACUCCUAUUCCCCUCCCAGUGAAGUAUGUUGCUUCCAUCCCCUUCAAAUGGGAGGAGAAACCAGGGACUCCACUUCGGAGUUUUGCUCAGGAAUCAACAGAACAAAAGAAUCAAGAAACCAUACCGGAAAAUAGGAGCUUACCUUUACCUCCUGCAUACUUUACUAAGUAUGAGGAUGAGACCGAUGAAGGAGAUAGCUCCUAUGCUGAUGAUUAUGAAGACCGAGAUUGGAUGUCAGAGUUGGAUUUUGAGGCAAUGAGCGUCCAAUCAGAAGAAUCCUUUUGCUCUGCUCCAUCUCUCCUAGCAAAUCGCCUCACACCCCUCCGAAACCCUUAUAUAGAACAUCAGGGUAACGGGUGUAUGGAGACUCCUUUUUCACCAGAAAGUAGCAGUAUUCCAAAUAGUUGUGAAACUAGAGAUAUAAGCUUGAGAGGUUCUGCUUUCUUGGCACACCUAUUUCCUUUAUAUCCACCCAAGUCUGGAUUUCUGGAAAAAAGAAAGACCCCUGAGGAGCAAAUUAGGCUUCCUGAGAAGAAACCUCCUACUUUGGUAGAGCAUAAAAAACUGGGUGGUGAUGGCAGACGAAGUGGCGUGAUUAGAAAGCCAUGCACCCUGGGAGAGCUGAUAAUGCAGAGUCGUAGAAGAAGUUGCCGCCGAAAGGCAGGUAAUAUGAAGAAACAAUAUCAGCAAAAGGAAUUCACAAAGAAGAAACCUCAAGGAUGCUUCAACAUUGUGGCCAGUGGAGGAGGACUAGCGAAAAUGCUGAGGGAGGACUUCCUGGCAUUAAGAAUUUCUUAGGAGAGCACUUCAUG